UGCUGCGAGGAAAUCCGACCACUUUGAUGCGACAUCCUCAAGGGAUUGUAUUCUAUUCAAUUCUCAGGACGCACCGCUCCGGAUCACAGAACCGCGCAAAGGGGCACAGGCAUAUACAGUCACAGUGUUGUUUUUCGUUGCAUACCACAUGGGAUGUGGAGAUUGAGAUUGUUGCAUAGCGAUGCCGGUAUCACCAUCAUAGUCUGGACGGUUCGGGAGGGGAGCACAGUGAGAUGCGUUAGACAGCGCAAUGGUCUUAUGAGCUUUGGUUGUGCAUUGGGACUUGGGUUGCAUUGGUCGCUGCUUUCUUAUCGUUUCUGUUUCGGUUUGUCGUUUUGCGAGUGUGCAGGGCGUGGACAAUUAAUGUUGUUGGAUUUCCUUUCCUUGUAUAAUCACCACCAUUUUGGAUGCAUCUCCCCAUUUUUUGCUGAUCUCAAGCUCGCAUGGCUCAGGAUGGAAUUGGGUUACCUAGGACGAAGGAAUAUGAAGGAUAUGCCUCGUUUUCGUGUGAUGGAGUCGCGGUUCUUGGCCUUUGGAAUUCGGCAAUUUGCCGGUCCUUCUUUGUUGUUUGCUGGAGAGAUACCUCUCUCUAUCAACCUUGGUACUUAUUAGCUAGUAAUGAUGGAAUGGAUAUGUCGUUCCCCCUUUGACUUGACAUGAUGGACUGGAUCCUUCGAGUUAACGAUAGUGUA